GUGACGAUAUAUUAAUCGUGUGAAUGUAUUUUCCUUUCUUCAUUAUUAAUCCACGAGUAAAGGUGAUACAGGGGUAAUACAAUACUAAAAAAAGGAAACGAAAAUACUCCGCCCAUUUCUCCAGCAAUGUUGACAAUGAAAUUUCCUCGGAAGGAGAAACGAGUGACCGACCACUCUUUACUGGAAAGUUUCACGAGGUACACGAGUGGAUAAAUACAAACCAGCGUUGAGAGUCUCUAAAAGAUAGCCUUUUAUAAGACCUACUAGAGAAUGUCUGUAAAAUGUUUACUACUCUUCGUAGCAGUUUGCUUUUGGGUUUCAGCUGAACCUCGAACACCAACAGGUGAACUCUCCCCACCUCGCAACUUGACCUUUCGGUGGCUGAGCGACUUUAACCCGCAAUUGCGGUGGGCACACGAGCUUUUACCGCCACAGUGCAACUACAAAGUGUCGUGGGCAACGACUGAGAAGAACAGCAGAAGAUCUCGUCAUACACCUGGGAUGUCAAUCUCCAACUUUAUUAUGGAAGGAGGGUCAAUUUUUUUCUCCGUUCAGACCACCUGUAACCAAAAACUGAGUGAACCCGCCUACCUCAAUGUCACAUAUCCAGAGCUGGUGAGUGUCGUACAGUGCAGCAUCAUCACAUCCACGCUCACUCAGUGCACUUGGGCGUCGCUCAGAUUUCCUCCAGAUCUUGCUUUCUACUAUUGGUUAGUCAACGAGUUGGAUGACUCCGAUGACGCGUCCUUGUCAGAGUGUCCUGAGUACAUGCUGACCGAAGGCGAGAGGACUGGUUGCCGUCUCAAGUCCAAAACGGACCAGUCCAUCACCAUGUUAUUUAACGCCACCGUUAAAGGGAGCCUCGUCAGGAACACUUUCAAAAAGAAAGUUGUUGAAGUUACUCCGUAUCCGCUAAGCUGGAACGUAAGCGAGGUCGCGGGCAAAUUCAACCUGAGCUGGAUUCCUCCUGAUGUCUUACGUUUAAAGGACUGGAGUUUCAUCAUCAAUUUUACAGAGUGCGACACCGUCAAGGAGAAAAAGGUCAAGGGAGCCACGUGGACACUGAUGAACCGGGUUUCUCACUGCCAGUACCAGUUGACUAUUAAAGCGCAAAGUAUCCGCGGAGAGACGGGCUGGAGCGACGUCAAGCAUUUUGGGGCUGAGAAAAAUCCCAACGUGCUGCUGUACGCCACCAUCUUCAUCCCCCUGCUGUGCGUCGGCCUCGUAACCCUGAUAUGCUAUUACUUUAGAAGAAACAAGGAAGACAUCUUCAUAAAAGUGCCCGAGCCGCGAGACCUCCUCAGUGAUAUUUGUAACAAUAAUAAUAAGAGUGAACUUUACAACUUUAAUUUCCCGGAAAAGGAGGAAGAGGAGUGCCAAAUCAGUGUGGUGACAGAUCAGCAACUACACUCCUAGCAUAUUUAACUCUUUUAAAUGAGAUACAUAUCCCUUCAAACACAUUUCUUAUUCUUAUUCCUCACUCUUCUUAUACAAACAUAUUUAAUGCAAUAAUUUACUUCUACAUGAAAAAAUGUUUUUGUCGCUACACUGGACAGCUAUUUAACUAUUAACUAAGGCAAGCUUUUUUUUUUGUUGUUAUUUGAAGGUAUUAAUGCGUUUUUUCCACAUUAUUAUUAUUUUUAUAUAAUUAUAAGUAAAUGAAUUUAAGAGUCAUCAUUAAGACUUGGACGUCUAGUGCCGUCAAUGGCAGCCACUGAGUUGAGAGUGCCAUGUGAGGGGUAAAAACAACAAAUAAAAGCCAUAAUUCAUGCAUGAAAUGGCUAAUUUUCAAGAGCGCUUUAAAUCAUUGCGACGUUAACGACGCCACAGUGCCAUCUAGCGGUUUUUUAGUAGUACUACAAAAAUGGCGGCUAAAAAAUGGUCCUGAUGCUGCGCGGUGAGAGCAAUCGCUCCAGCGAUGUCUCGGAUGCGCUUGCGUACAUAUUCUGACUCUGCGCCAUAUUUUGACGCAGUCUCUGUGGCGCAAUGGAAUAGCGCGCUGGACUUCUAAUCCAGAGGCUCCGGGUUCGAGUCCCGGCAGAGAUGUUGCUUGGAACUGCCUCCUGAUACAGUGGGCUGUAUUCUUUUCACGUUUUGUGCAAGGGAACGUUCAACAAGAUGAAACAAUCGAGUGUUUAUUUGUCUGCAUAUAGAAUUGUAAUAAGUGCCAGUACAGUAUGUUAUCAUUAGAUAAUAAUAACAUACUCGACUGAAAUGUAUACCUGAAUUAUGAAGCUUUCUGCUAUGUACUACACUGUUUUCUGUUACAUGAGUUUCAUAGUGGUAUUUUAUACAGAUUCUUCAUAUAUUUUCACCCAAUGCCAAUUGAAAUUUUUGCUCUUUUAUACAUUUUUUAUGAAUCGUGUUCAACAUUAGCUUGUCAUAGCUGACUGAUUUUCAAAUAUAAUUGUCUAGAACAUGGCAUUAAAGUGCGUA